CUGAGCCGUGAGCUGAUUGAAGGUGUUGCCUUCCUCCAUCGGCAGAAGAUCGCACACCUCGACAUCAAGCCUGGCAAUCUUGUUGUCAAUUUUAAGCGUCUUUACAUCAUUGAUUUUGAUAUUGCGGUGCGGUGCAAGGAUGUGGACGAGAUGGUGAAGAUAUCCCGUGGGACUCGUGGUUGGAGUGCUCCGGAGAUUGGCCUCGACAAUGAUGAGGCACCCGGUGCUUUCAGCCCCAUCAGAGCAGAUUUAUGGUCGUGCGGCAAAGUCCUCAAG